CCUGAAAUUCAUUUUUGUGGGCUUGAAAUAGUUCAAGCAGCACUGAAAUGUUUCCGGCUCCAUCCAGUUACUGGCUCCAUUUCUUCGUGUUUUCCUCAUUGCUAGCUGUAGAAGCCUACGCCCAAGGUUAGUUUAUUCGGUUUUUAGGCGGUUAGCAAGUUUGCUCGUAAAUGUUACCAAGUUCUUGAAUAAGCCAUGUUCCGAACAUAUAAAUUUAAUUGAAUUUUUUCUUCUGAGAACUGAGAAAAAAAAUCAAUUAAGUUGAAAGAUUUACGGACGAUCGCUGCCUUAAGAGGCCAUUAAUUUAAGAAACCCUGAAAGCACCGGUCAGCAAUAUAGUGAGGACCUUCCGACAAAAAGGCAAAGCAAGUGCAAGUUUUGCAAUGCAGUCACCAACUCAAGAAAAUUGAAGUUCAGCAAAAGUUGAAAAAGGCCAGAGUUUGCUCACGGGGUUGUUCUGUGGUCGUUUCACGAACAAACGAAGACUUCAAGUUUUUGUCGUGGAAAUCCUAGAAAAGAAGGGCCUGUGAACGGGAUGAGGACUGGAUAUUGACAAGCAAAAUCGUUGAAGGCAAUGUUUAAUUAUCGAAAAUUUACGAGGAAAACAGGAAAACUCGUGGAUACGUGGCCAAAACGGGUAUAUUUUUGCCGCUGGACAGGGUAUGGGUUGUUGAAAAAUGUUUUUGAGUCUUUUAAAAACAGGGUAUAUAAUUUCACUAUUUAUUUAGCAGCUUGAACAGGUGUGCCUUGUCGGAUCGGAAGCCUUUCAAAAAUUGUAAAGGCUGGCGGUAGGCGGUCUACCAUUGUAUUAACACCAACAAUCUUUUUCCAAAAAUUCUAAUCCACGACAGUUGGUUUGAAAAAUCACCAAAUCCUGUAUGCAAAACGACGGAUGAAGCAGAGUCAUAAAUAUGCCUAAUUUUUCCAAAUUAAUGCGAACAAUACAUAUAUCCAUGACUAGUUCAUUUCAUGAUCAGUGCGUGUAUUGUCGUCAAUGUUUUGCAUUCAAAAGAUGCGAUAAAUUCAAACUAAAAUGUAGUAGUCAUGGAGGUAUGUAUAGUGCGCAUUAUUUUUGAAAAAUUUCAAUAACGUCAAAAUAGUGAAUGUUGAAACGCAGAUUUUUGACAGGUUCGUAGGAUAGGUUUGUCUUGAAAUUUUAAGAUGUUGCAAUGAAUCAAUCUCAAUGAAAGUUUCAGACCUUAUUAUAUACAUUAUGAAGAUUAUGUGAAGAGAUUUUAAAAAAAUUAUUUUGAGUCGUUUCAGAGAUAUACAAAAAAGCGCUAAAAGUCCAAAAUUUAAAUGAAGUCCCACUUAGACAGGUGGUGAGUAAACGGGUUAGUUUUCAAGAUCGCAAGAACGAAAAUGCACCAAAAUUUUUUAGCAUAAAAAUGAUUAUGAUAUUAAGCAGCAUUCUGGCACUACUUAAGAAAAUUUUUUGCAUUUAUAACGUUUUUAUUAAAUAAUCUCUCACAGCUAUUGAAAAAUACGGUUUGAAACAUAUUUUCGUUUUAGUCGAAUUCAAACAUAUAGAAUUUUUUACUUCUUACCGAGAUUGUUCGCUAAACACCAAACUUUAAGUUCCUAGUUUUGGAUUUUUAGUAGCUGGUCUAGAUCACACAAAAUUCGCCAUUUAUCAGUCUCAAAGUUUUUUCUUUAUUGUUGACACAGUAAUAUCGAUUUUACUUAAACUCCAUUUUCACAAAUUUCAAUCCAUAGCCAAUUACUGGCGAAAAUUUUAUAGCGAUCGGACGAGGAAAAAACCACUUUGAAGGAGAUUGCAAAAUAUCGGUAUGGCCUCUGAAAAACUGUAUCGAAACACCUUAAAACAGGGUCGGGUUUUGAAAGCCUCGGCUGCACCCCUCUUUUUAUACUUCCCGUGGGUGCCCCCCCUCGGGGAUCAAGUCUAGAAGGGUUUUGAAAAUGUGCUGGUUCUUACCUGCAGAUCUGGAUGCUACCUAUCACCCAGAUCUUCGUCAAGAUGUUUUUGUAAAAGAAAAGUACCACUUUUUAAACGUCCCUGGAAUUGGAAUGUUUACAGUGUACGACACCUUUGACUGCACCCUUGAAUGUCUCAGCAAUCCUUCAUGUUUGUCUCUGAACCUGGCCGCCUCCAAAGGAGCCGAUGGAAAUUUUUGGUGCGAAUUGUUGACUUCCAGUAAAUACAUAAACCCUGGCGAGUACAAAGAAAACAAGACUUCACAUUACUUUUUCUUGAAGGUGGGUUUAAUUUAAGCAUGGUAGGCAGGUAGGUAAGUAGCCAAGGUAGGUAUGUAGGUCAGUAGCCAAGGUAGGUAUGUAGGUAAGUAGCGAAGGUAGGUAGGUAGGUAGGUAGGUUGGUAGCCAAGGUAGGUAGGUAGGUCGUUAGGUAGGUAGCCAAGGUAGGUAGGUAAGUAGGUAGGCAGGCAGGUAGGUAGGUAGGUAGGUAGGUAAGUAUCCAAGGUAGGUAGGCAAGGUAGAUAAUAAACACGCUAGCCCUAACAACACGAGGUUGGUUUCCACAAGAGCUGUUGCUGUUAAAUUAAGACUAAUUAUUCCAAGACUAAAGUUUUAUUAAACUAAGACAAUGUAAAAAUAACUAGAAUAAGACUUCGGACAUUUUUUCUACUGAAGAGAAGAGUUUCAGAGCCAGAGGUGGUGUGGUCAUUAAGUAUUAACUUGUCAUAGAUCGAGUGCUCUUGCGUCAUUGUAUCCAAUGCAUUACCAGAAAUCUGAGUCAUUUCGUUCACGCCAUACUUCCUGACUGCGGUGUACUCAAAGUUCUAGGGAGCAUGCCCGAAGGUGUUAGGUUGCAAAACAACAUAACGCAAUCGGUAAGAAGCAAAGAUCGUGUAGAUUAUGUUGCACCACAGGUAGCCCAAGCUCGAAAUAUGAGCAUCGGCGAGCAUCGGUAUUGUUGCGUAACAUUCAAAAUAUAAGGAUUUGUAUGGGAAAAAAACCUAUAGUUUCUGUAACCUACGAAAAUGAAAGGAUUUCAAUAAAAAAAACGUUACCUUACUUAAAAUGUGUGUUACGUCUCUCCUGUAUGGUCCACAGGCCGAUUUAUGGCCGUUUUAUGGGUUUUUAUGUAAGCGGUUUUCUCUCUGUAUAAAGGUUUACCAAGGUUGGGCACUCCAACGAAGCGGCUCGACUGAUCCACCGAAGGAAAACAGCCGGAAAUUCGCUCCAACUGCUCCAAUUGCCUCCAAAUUCCGCCUAGGUAACACACGAUAGUUCCUCUUUCUAUUCGUUAUCUUGCUUCAAGACUUCUUUGCACCGAGAGCGAAUCAAAGGUCGCAAAUCUCUGAAACCUUUCCCGUCUGAAGCCAUCGACUGAGGCUCGGCCUGAACUCCGCGUUACCGUUGACAGAUAGCGACACGGCCUGAGACUCUAAUUACUCACACUCGGGGUGGGAGGCAGUCUCUUGCUCACUUUGACACAAUAGGAAAACAACAGCUUCUAAAGGCAAAAGGAAAUAUAAACCUGGGGCAAAAUUAUAUCAAGUGGAGAGACUUGUCAGCAAGUGGAAAUCGUUAUUGAUUCGUCGCCGUUCUUGGUUUAUUCGGGCACAUUGACUGGGGAUCAAAUCAUUAACAAGAGUGGUGUAGUUCGGAGCAUUAACUUCAGGAUCGCUCUUGUCAGCUUUCCCAUGCCAUCCUUUUAGAAGAUAAUACGGUAUUUCAAGUAACAAGGCACCUCAGAUUCGUCAACAGCUUCCCGGCUGCGAUAAUUUUUUCCUGGGCUGCCAAUUCGAAGAUUAGCCGGCACGUUUUGCCUCUUACGAUCGCUUAUUAAAUCAGACAUGGUUUGAACUUUAAAAACUAGUAAAGAAAUGCGUUGGAGAUGUUAUAGCAAUGUUGUUAUAUUUAAAUUUUAAUUCCCAAGCAGAAAAUGUCACAACCACCCACGUGACCCACGCACGCUUACACCAGGGCGGAUAAAUGUUAUCCGUCCCGCUUACACACUCCUCCGCACGCUAUAGAUGGUUUUCACUGUGACGUCAUCAAAUUGUAAAGUCCAGAUAGCGAGGUUUUACGAAUUCUUAUUUACAUUAAGUUGAAGAUAAACAAAAAGUAAAUCUUUGUACAGGUAUCCGUUUCCGUAGUAUGUUUCGUUUCGCAAAUACAGCAAUUUGAACUUCCGAGUUUUAACAGUGCGUGACACCAGAAUAGGAAUGCUGUCUCGUUGAAAAAAAGUCUCUCCUCUUGAUUUUCAGCAGUAUAACCAUUGCAAGUAUUAGGACAUAUGUUUAUGUGUACGUAUAUGCUAGUGCUCGAGUGAAAAGAAAGAGCUUUUAUAGAAAAAGUGAACUCCAGAUGUUUUUGUUGAUUUCCGGCGUCCAUAUUGGUGCACCAAAACGGUGCACCAAUAUGGCGUCUCCAUACAAAGCUCUACAAAGGCGCGUGAAACGUUUCGGCAAAUAACUCAGAAACUAUGGGCCACAAAGACCUGAGACUUGGACAAAUUAGUCUUUUACAACAUUUCAUUUUCUUGGCUUCUUCCACUGGACGGUUCCAAUUUAAUUUUUUGUUGCGUGACAGUGAAAACGAUCUAUAUUUUCCAGCGUUGUAAACCAGCGUAUUUACGCGUACGUACACUAUAAUAACUCACAUUUCCAAAAUGGCUACCAAAACAACGAAGGAAAAGUGCCGAUACUGCGAUCGCUUGCCAUAUUUUUCGCAUUGUUGUGAAGCAUGUCUACUUAACAGCGCUUUGGAUGAACAAGCAAAUUAUUGCUCUUCAAAUUCGUUGAUUUGUCCGAACUUCUUAGUCGAUCUACAGGAAAUUUCUGGCGGUUCUUGAAGCUUUGUUCUCAGACGAUGCAGUAUGUUGAGAGUGGUGGAAGGUGAAUUCAUUCAAGAUUUGAUGUCCAAAGUUGAUCUUUUCUCAAGUAAUAUUUGACGAAAUUUGAGACGUUGUGAGAAGAUUUGGGUCUCUUUUAGGGUAAAUUUUGUAUCAAAAUUUGUCCGAACUUAACUUUUAAAAAUCACCCACCAGACUAUAUUUUUAUUAUCACAAAGAUGUCCUCUAUCUUUUAGGAGCGGUGGAAGAUUUUCAUCCUUGCUUAUAGGUCAGUUAUCCUGAUACAGGUUUUUUUUUUAUCCCAUACAUUUCUUUGUAAUUGUUUCUCCGCCAUGUUUAAAGGCCUGGAGAGGUGAAAUAUGAUCGAUGUCUCGGAUUUCUGGUAAUGGAAAGAGAGUUUAGAAUCGAAAGAAGAGCGAAUAUCACAAAUGGCACCUGUAAAACCUCAGACUUCACGAGAUGGAAUUCUUCGCAGCUCAAUAUUUUUCAAUAAUUCGCCGCAGUAAUCCCACCCACCAAGGGGAACAUUGAUCAAAGUAGGGCUGUACUAUACUCUUAUACCUAGUAGUUUCAAAUAUGAUUGCAUUAUGAAUGGUCCGGUAGUCUCAACAUAAAACACUUCAAUGGAUUAUGAAUCUGAAUUUUAAAAUAGAAAGUAUAAUGCGAGCCUACUUUUUGUUUGAGUGUUUAUUCAUGAGGGCAUUUGUACUGUGGCCCAGAAGGCUCAAACUUAAACAAAAAGGAAAACCCAAAUAAGACAAAAAUUUAAAACGAAAACGAACCAAGUUUUUUUUUAAUCUUGUGGGUAAUAACUUUAUUAAUUUUUUUUUGGAGUAAGGGCCUAUCCACACUACUUUUAAAUAAAGACAAAUUUGGAAUUUUCUUUAAAAUAUCUGAACGAAAACCUGCAAAAAUGUUUCCCUGCUGGAAACUAUUUACUCUUGACGGGGCGUCGCAUCUGUCAUUAUUUAAUUGAGAGAAUAGUGGCUUUACAACAAAUGAUAUGACAAGAAAAACCCGUUUUCGUUUAUUUAGCCGAUUCCGUCCAGUUUUUAACGGGAAAAAUUUUGUCCGCGGCAUCUUUGAAGAUUGUUACGUCCCGGAAAAAAUGGUAAAAUCAACGUUUACGGACGUUUGUAUGCUGGAGGGCAAGUUCGUGCCCCAAACCAUACAAACGUCUGUAAAGUCUAUUGGUGAAAAAAGAUGCAAAGUCGCCUGUUUUGUCUCUUCUAGGGUAGAUUCCAGGGAUUCCAGCCGACAUCCUGCUUCGAAUAUGGGCAGCAAGGUGCCUCCAAAGAUGGCAUUUAUAAGAUCUACGACAACGGCGGAAACAGUUUCCAAGCGUACUGUGAUCUGAGAUCUGAGCCUGGUAUUGCAUGGACACUGAUCAUGUCGUGGAGUAGAGAAAAUCGUGUUGUUUCUGCUUUUCGCAACACCUCAUUUCAGAACAACGUCCCAGAAAACGAGAACUCCCCGAACUGGGAUCGUUACCGCUUAAGUCUGGCGCGAAUGAGAUCUUUGCAGGUCCACUCCACCCACUGGCGAGCAACAUGCAGUUACCCGACCCAUGGCAUCGAUUUCAGAGACUACCUCCGUGGAAACUUCAAAGACUUCAACAUCGUCGAUUUCCUUGGUAGUGGCGAGUGUAAGAGGGUAGAAUAUGUGGAUAUCCGAGGGCACAAUGGCACGAACCUUACAGUACCGUUUUGGCAGGGCUGGGCUUUGCAUAUUGACAGCUACUCCGGUUCGUGCGAGUUCAGCGCAACUGUUGGAGCGGUAUCAAGUGAAGACAACUUUGGCUAUUAUGGUACAUUUAAUCCCAAGUUCCGUUGCACACAGACAGACAACUCUACUACUCAGUGGUGGUUUGGAGCUCAUCUUAAAAAGUAGUCACAAAACGAGAAAUUCAGGUAUAGGGGAUCUUUUUCAGGACGAAGGAGCCUUUAGUUUGCACUGCCUUAUAAGCUGACGAACAAAAUGCAUCCAGUAUUAGUCAAGUAGAUCAUAAAUUGUUUAACAACCUUCAAAUUUGAGACCCCCCUCUAAUACGAUUAUCACAGUUAAGCGAGCAGUGAUAUAGGCUGUGCUACUUGUUAAUCACGCGGACUAAAAUUUCCUUUCCAUCAAAGUUGUCACGCAUGCCAAAUUACUUGGCUUAACCAUUUCAAGUGAUCUUAAAUGAAACGUGGAUCUUACAUUGCAAUGAAGCAGUAAAAAUAAAGCCGUCUCUAGGCCUUACUUGUUAAGGCAACUUAAGCGUGCCAACGUACUUACAUUCGUUUAGUGAUGGAACACGCUUGUCAAGUUUUCCAUAUAACAGUUUGCCGACAUAUUUAUCUGAUGAGUUAGAGAAACUUCCGAGGCGCGCUCUACGGAUUAUUUACCCGGACUUAAGUUAUGCAGCAGCUUUUAAGAAAUCAAACCUUGUUACGCUUUUUAAGAAUGCAAGAAUUUACAAAGCGUUUUUUUCACUGACAUUGUUUAACAUAGUAAUCAUAAACUUCACCCACUUGCUACCCCUGUUCCAGAUCUUUAAGACACAUGCGAAAGUUUUCAAUACCGGUGUGUAAAACCUAGAGAUAACAGCGAAGCUUUAUUAUAUCUAACGUAGCUGCAUCCUCUGAUUUAUAGAACCCUUUAGUAUUACUUAAUUCCUCAUGAACUCGGAUAUUUUCUAUAGUCAUUGCUUUUCCCCUUUAUAAUCUUUUCCUUAUGUAGUUUAUUUUUAUUUUUUUAUGUAUGUAUUACGUUUUAUGAUAACGUAGUCUAUUCUUCCUACAUGUAACAUCAGCUUAGCUUAUACAUUCAACUUUUAAUAUUUACAUAGUUUUUUUUUACAGUAAUAUUAGUUGUUUUUAUUGUAAAUCAUCUGUUAUCCAGCCUUUUUGCUG